GGCCGAUGGGCAGCCAUGUCGGCCACUAACAAAAUCACCCAGGCCCGGAAGCUGGUGGAGCAGCUACGGAUCGAGGCCUGGAUUGAGCACAUCAAGGUCUCCAAGGCCUCCUUGGACAUGACAAGCUUCUGUAAGCAGCAGUCUCACUCUGACCCAUUCCUAGUGGGCCUCCCAGCCUCUAAGAACUCCUUCAAGGACAAGAAGCCCUGCAAUUUCCUAUAG